AUGGGCUCUCAACCACCCCGCAUCCGCCUGGCCAUCCUCGAGGCCGAUACACCGCAGCCGCAGACUAACGCCGAGUACGGCGGAUAUGGCGGUGUCUUCACCGCACUUCUGCGCACCGCCGCCUUGGCCAGCGAUCCGCCUGCGCCGCUCGACAGCAUCGUCGACCUUUCAGUAUACCACGCCGUCGGCGAUGAUGCCGUCUAUCCAGACCUAGACUCCAUCGAUGCCAUCCUCAUUUCUGGAAGCAAGCACAACUCAUUCGAUAACGACCCGUGGAUCUUGAAGUUGGUCGAGUUCACCAAGAAGUGCAUCGACAGCGGGCGCGUGAGAGUCAUUGGAGUAUGCUUCGGCCACCAGAUCGUCGGGCGGUCACUAGGUGUCGAGGUAAAGAGGAGCGACCUCGGCUGGGAGGUUGCUGUUGUGGAUGUCAACCUCACGCCCAAGGGCAAGGAGAUUUUCCAGCUGGAGAAGAUGCGCAUCCACCAAAUGCAUCGCGAUGUCGUGACAGAGAACCCAGCGGGCGCCGAGUCUUUGGCAUACACGGAGUUGUGCCCUGUCCAGGGAUUCUACUCACCAAAGAAGUUCAUCACAGUCCAGGGCCACCCCGAGUUCACCGGCCCCAUCGUCAGUGAGAUCCUCAACGUUCGCCACAAGGCUGGCAUUUUUGACGAGGCGAUGUUUACUGAUGCCAUCAAUCGCGCAAAUAUUGAGCAUGACGGUGUCAAUAUCGCUCGUGGUUUCCUUCGCUUCCUUAGAGAAUGA